AUGCGUCGCUCGCUCGCUGCCGCCGCGCUCCUCUCGCUGGCCUCGGCCGUCUCGGCUCUGCCUCAGGCAGUGACCUCCGCCAUUGCCCCGUCGAGCGGAACCCCCGAGGGAUGCCAGACGUCGCACGAUGGCGAGUUUGAAAUCACCGUGGUGAAUGUCUCGUCCUCGACGACUUCUAAGAGAGAUCUGGGAAGACGUCAAAACCUCGAACUCACGCUCUCCGGAUCCGUUCUUCACGACCAAGCUGGCCGAACCGGCUACAUCGCCUCGAACUAUCAAUUCCAAUUCGAUGCUCCUCCUCAAGCCGGGGCCAUCUAUACUUCAGGUUUCUCGCUCUGCUCGAACAACACUCUUGCCUUGGGAGGCUCGGCUAUCUGGUACGAGUGCUUGAGUGGAGAUUUCUACAAUCUUUAUGAUCGCGAUUGGGCCCCGCACUGCUUCCCUGUCUACUUCGUCGCUUUGAUCGGCUCUUCAGCUCCUGCCGCUACUCAGGCCAGUGAUGGCCAAGCAGUUGCCACUACUGUCGUUCCUUCAAUUACUCAGAUCUCUGAUGGACAGCCCCAAGUCACUUCGGUCGCUGUCACUCAAAUCAGUGAUGGCCAACCUCAAGGAAACACUGCUGCUCCUGUCACUCAAAUCAGCGAUGGCCAACCUCAAGCCGCUACUGGAAUUCCAGUUUCUCAGCUCUCUGACGGUCAGCCGCAAGGUCCAACUGGGGCUCCCGUUUCAGAGAUCUCGGACGGUCAACCUCAAGCGCCUACCGGGGCACCCGUUUCUCAAAUCUCCGACGGUCAGCCCCAGGCACCAACCGCUACAGCUACACCCACAGCUACUCCGGUUUCUCAAAUCUCUGACGGCCAGCCACAAGCCGCCACCGGUGCUCCAGUCUCGCAGAUCUCAGACGGCCAGCCACAGGCCCCAACAGCUACAUCUACCGCUACUCCGGUUUCUCAGAUCUCAGAUGGCCAACCACAGGCACCCACUGGAGCUGCUGUAUCCCAGAUCUCGGAUGGUCAGCCUCAAGCCCCGACUGCCACCGUCGAGGCCGUGACAGGCUCCGCCUCCGCCGCGCCAGCCGCCUACACUGGUGCAGCACACCGUGAUGGUCUCUGCGGCGGCCUUGCAGUCGUGGCCGGUAUCGCUGGCGCCGUCGUUCUCCUCUAA